CGGGGGUUCAGGCGUCUAGCGCGUCAUUUCUUUCUCUGUGGUAUUGGCGUCCCGGCAUGUUGCUUUCAGCAGUGAUUUGACCCUGUGCUUAUCUUUAAGUUUCGAGAGAUAAGAUAGAAAUCGAGCAAAGGCAACGAAAGUGUGGCGUUCGUGCCUCGAGAAAUUCUUGCUCUUAGUAUCUGUUCUCAGCGAAACGCGUCUAAAAAUUGGCUUUGCAUUCUCGAAUCCUAAGUUUCUUGCCCAUUUCCAGCGUCGCCUUGAAGCGAACGAUAGAAUGAAACCCCAUUCCGACUUGAACCCGGCGGAUUUUCUACAAGUACAUGUCAGGAGAAAGCUGAGGCACUCCAGCCCACCCUAGCGUGCGAUGGAAGACCUGGCCACCUUAAUGCUCCCGCCAUCUCCAAUCGAUGAGCUCAAUGGCGACCAAGAGGAAAGUUACCUCUGUCCGUUGUGCUUGUACUCCACCACAAGUGCAGCCAUUCUUUUUCGCCAUCUAUUCAUACACACUGGCAUCAGGCCAUACUGCUGCUUCGAGUGCGGAGAGCGCUUUGCCAUCCCCGAGACUCUUCGAAGUCACCUGACGGAUAAGCACCCACGGAAGCUCCCGCUUCACUGUGAACGGUGCAAGAGUGGCUUUCGUUUUCGCCUGGAGCUUUGUCAGCAUGAGGUUGUGUCGUCUUUGGAGACACUGCACUACUGCUACUACUGUGGAAAAGGUUUCCUCUCUGCAUCAGAUGUUCUUCAGCAUGCCCGAACAUCUCACUUGCCUUCUAGGAAGCAUGAGUGCGAUGUUUGUGGCCGCUUUUUUCCAACUUUCGAGAGCAUCAGCAUUCACAGCGUGUUUCACCUGAGGCAUGGUGUCUCCUAUCAUCAAGUGGCUAUUGGUUCAAAAAGGUACUCGAAAUUUCAUCGAAAACGACGACCGCACCGCUGCCUUUUCUGCCCACGGCACUUCCUCUACUUGGCAUCCUUGAAAAGGCACCAGCUCACGCACAAGCUUGAAAACUGUUCCCUGUGCCGCAUCUGUGACCGACCCUUCACGCUACCUUGCUCGGUCAAGAGUCACCUCAAGGAGCAUGAAGAAGAGCUGCGGUUGUACGCAGAGGAGUUGCCUCACGGCACCAUCCCCUCAGAGCCACCACACGAGUGCGAGCUCUGCGGCAAAACCUAUUCCACGAGCAACAGUUUGCGGGCCCACCGGAAGACGCACAGUUCAGACCGACCCCACAAGUGCGAUGUCUGUCAGAAGCAGUUUCUGCGCUCUUACGACCUCAAGCGCCACUUGCGAAUACACACUGGCGAGCGGCCCUUCGUAUGCGACGUUUGUGGCCAGGGCUUUUUCCAGUCGUCGGCCAUGCGCAACCACUUGCGCACCCACACGGGCGAACGCCCCUUUUCUUGCGAUGUCUGUGGCAAGGACUUCACCCUGGCGUCCACAUUGCGGGGCCACAUGAAGAUUCACACGGGCGAGCGGCCACACCGCUGUGCCCUGUGCGCCAAGUCGUUCUCGCGCCCCUAUGAGCUCAAAACGCACAUGCGCAUCCACACGGGCGAGCGUCCCUUUGCUUGCGGCGUCUGCGGCCUUGGCUUUGCCCAGGCCUCGACGCUGCGGACUCACGUCAAGAUUCACGAGCAAGGGGGAGCGGCGUCCUUUGCCUGUCGUCUGUGCGGUGAGGCCUUUGCACAGGCGGCAGACCUCGAGGCGCACUCCAAGAUCCACCUUGGCGAGCUGUCUCCACAGCCUCCGGAGCCUGUGCUGCCGUUCCGAUGCAGCAUCUGCUCAAAGACCUUCACGCGACAGACGCACCUGCGCAACCACAUGAAGCUGCACCUGGGUCCUGAGCCCUUCAAGUGCGAGGUAUGUGGCCAGGCAUUUUCGCAGUUCUCGACCCUCAAGAGCCACCUGAAGGCGCACAUGGGCGAGCCGUCGUACUCCUGCUCGGCAUGUGGCCAGCAUUUCCUGCAGUUUGCAGCGCUCAAAGCACACAUGGCACUGCACAGCAACGAGAAAGCACUCGUUGACUAGGUGGUGCUCACUAUGUCAUACUAGGUAAAUUCUGGUGGUGGUUACUACAUCAUAGUGCUACACUGAUCUCUGUUUUCUUUCAUGAUGGUUUGCCAAUUAUUCGAAGUGAAAUCGCGCUGUAUUUGGCCAAACAUGAUUCAAUCCAUAGAGAAACAAUCAUACACUCUUCUUUAUCAUGUUAGUGAAAAGGAAUAUACUGACAAAAAAUUAUAAGUUAACUCUAAAAGGUUAUGCCGUGUUGGUUGAACCUCUGGUUUUGUGUGUUGAUAAUUAAACAGAAUAUAAAUUUAUAGUUAUAUAAAUUUUUGAGCGUUUUUGAACUUAUAUUAUAGUUGACUUGCUGAUAAACUGAAGUAAAGAAAUAUUGUAAAUGUGAACUGAAAGGCUAGCCUGCCUGUUUAGUUCUUUGUGUUGCUGAUGAGAUUCAAAAAGAUCUGAAGUCAAUCGGCAAAGCAUUCAUAUUGUGUGUAGAAACUAUUUGGCUGAUGUGGGACUCGUGAUGUUAAGGCUCUUAAUAAUGUUUAUGGACUUUUCUCUUAGAAAUUGGAAUGUUACUGCCUUUUCAUAAAGAGCCGAUAAUCAUUUUUCUGACGAAAAAUUUCGGGAAAUUCUCACGGCCACUCUUUCGUUGCAGACUCGUGCAUAACAGGAACACCACAACUAUAUUUAUUAUUUUAGGUGGUUUAGGAGCCCUUUAAGUGUUUUGCAAACACAAAAAGCUGAAACUUUACUUUCAUUUGAUGUUUCGUGAAUAUGACCAAUGAUAGAUCAUUCGAAUGAUACGAAUGAUGACCAAUGAUAAUUCGAGCUAUCAUAUGCUUUGAAUAAUUGAAAACACCACAGGUAUAUUAGGACCUCGCCUUCAGAUAUCAUCAUCAUCAUUUAUUAACCCUUAAAGGGCUCUGUUGGGGUAUUACAUAAAGGGGGAGUAUACACAAGAGAAAAGGAACGUUCAGACAUUCAUUAAUAAAGCAAAAAAUUAUAUAAUUUACAACGAAACAGGUGAAAUUCUAAACAGUCAAAAUACACGUAAAGGAUAAUAUUGAGAGAAUGUCAUCUGGGAGUUCACUUAUAUUUGAGCCAGUGCACUUAAUCUUACUCUGUAUGGCAUAAAACGUGCAGAGCGAUGGCACAUGAGAAAAGCAUCAAAAAGCUUUACACGUUGACAUACAGUUAAUGUGAAACACCUACCAAACUGGUCAAAGUUCUUACAGAUGCAAUCAUGAAUUGGCUCGCUGCUAAUUGCAAGCCCCGAAUUCUCCCCAGCUACACGUCAUAUGUUUGAGAUGUUUAUACCUGUGAAUCAAAUAACGCUGUAUUAUUAUUAUAGUUUAUGUGUACGCAAAUAUAAUAUAAUUGUACUUGUUUGAGAGUGCUAUUGCAUAAAUGUUUUAGUCAUGUCAACUAAUGUAAAUUAUCAAUUUGUGAGCACAGGUGAGUUUUAUGGAGCCUGUGUGCCAAUAACUUUAGUUCAUAAGUAUUUAUUGACUGUGUUAUGGUUACCUUUGCUGUGGAUUCAGUCUUAGAAAUGUAAGAGAGAACACUCUGAAACGGAAUGUUAAAGUUUCAACGAAGCUAUGACAUGAAGUUCAUGUAACUUCUCUCAAACAACACACAGAUAAUAGGCAGAAAAAGAAAAAAAAAGUGUACUUCUGAAAUUUGGUUUUAUUUCAGCGUGUGAAGGCAUAUGCCUUGAUCCAGAUUUCUAACACAGGCAUGGUAUCAGAGUACGAGACAACUUGCAGCAUGUUACUGCUUUUGGCACAAAGGCAAACCCCGUGCGAAAUUUCCAAGCAAUCGCAUGCCUGCCUACUCACUUUGCAGGCAAUAAAGUUCGCUAAACAUUUGUUUGCCCCGUUAACAGACUCAAACUUCAUUGUAUUGAAGCAGCAUGUAACCUGAAAAAUAUAUUCACCAUAUUCCUGUUGUUCAUAGAAGCAUAUAUAAUUUACAUGCCAAUAUUGGCAAGAAACGUUUUUUUUUUCCGGCAAUCAGUAAUAUGCACAUUUAGUACAUUGAAUUUCGACCAUGCAAACAGCUUCCCUGUGUUGGUGAUUUAACUACACUUUGUGAGGAAAGGAGCAGUGAUACGAGAAGAGUUCAGUUACACAAUAGCAGUCUCGCACUCUGUUCAGAGCGAGAUUUGAUUUUGCAAUCCAGAGGGAGGACUAUUGGCUCUAGUCCUAUUGUACGGCCAAUCAGUGCAGGAAGUUCUAGCAGGUUGCAGAAGUGUGAAAGUCCGUUGCACUUCCACAUUACUCAGGGUACUUCGUGUAUAAACGAGUGUUUGUCAUUUCCGUCUGUCAUCGUACGUGUGAGUUGGAAUGACCAUUUCACUGAGCUCUGGAAGGCACAUUAAGCGGUAAAAUUUCACACUGUUAGUGAUUGUGCGAUGUUGUACAAACUGCAUAAAAGAGAAAUGUUGCGCUCACUAUAUUCUGGUUUGGCUCUCUAGCUUAUACAGUUUGUUAUGACCUGUUAGUCAUCAAUUAUUUAACUGCUUCAGGUUAUACUGACAGGCAAGAGUUUGGUGUGAGAGAAAAAAAGAAAAUAAAUGAGCAAUACCUUAUAUAAAAAAAUUCAUGCUCUAAGUAAUUGUAGUUUGCACGAAGCAAAAUACAGGAUUUACAUGCUAGUAUUCUUUCUCUAAAACUCACGGUUGCUGCUAGAAUUGGAGAAGUGGCCUUUCACAGCUCAUGCUUCACACUGGAUGCGUGCUCCCAAGAAGUUACGAGAGAUUUGAUAAGUUUCAAUGCUCGCAGCUAUGAAAUUACCAGGGUAUGUUCUCAGGUGUAGCUUGAACAGUACAACUGAAGACAAUGGCAUGAGAGAGAUUGUUCUGUGUCCAUGGCUGGAAAAUUAAUAAUGGUUGGGGCUUAACAUUCGAAAACCACGAUAUGAUUAUGGGUCGCACUGUAGUGAAGGGCUCCGGAAAUUUCGAACACCUGGGGUUCUUUAACACGAACCUAAAUCUAAGUACGUGGGCCUCAAGAACUGUUGCCUCCAUGGAAAAUACAGCCGCCGCGGCUAAUAUUCGAUUCGGGACCUUCGAUUCAGCAGUCGAGCAUCUUGGCCACUAGACAACAGUGGUGUAACCCGUUGAAAACAGCGUCUAUGGAGGUGGGAUAGGGCAAGCGUAUAAUUGUCAGUUCCUCUGCUCAUAAUGGUCGCAAGAAAUUUUCUGUUCGAAAGAGAUCUGUGAGGAAAUGCCUUUUUUGAAAAAUCUUUAAGCUCUUCAUAAAGCUAGCAGAUUGUUCUAGGAGGAGUAGCGUAGCCUUGCUGGCAUUAGUAUAACAUUACGAGCUGUUCAUACGUGUUCGUAACACUCCCUUUCUGUGUAUAUGUAGCAUAAUGUUGUACCAGGCCAUUUUCCGCUGUACUGGUCAUUAAAUGCAGCGAUCACAGGACUGUAGUCGGACAGCAUUUUAAUCUGGCGAGAAGCAUGCUGUUCAUUUAGCUGCUACGAAUGGAAAGUCACAGCUCCCUGACUGCUUCAAUUUAGAAACUUUGAAAGGCUACUUAGAGGAUGGAGACGUUUGUGAAGCAGAACAAUCUUUUUCUUUAUGAGCCCUGGUGUACUGGCUCAUUGCUUAUCACAUCUGCUGUAACAUUCUUGGCUGCUUUGCAGACACUGGUGUGUCUGAAUGUUUGUGAGUGUUUUAAGGAAGUGGUGUUUACAUUCCACCAGCAUUACGGGUGUCCGCGUUUUUGUGAAUGUUCCUUUUGCAUAGAAGAGAAAUGUGCAUCCUAUCCUGCCACUUGUUCUUAGUGUCUUGUAUGUGUUUACUAGUCGUGUGACUUGUGUCUAUGUGUGUGUUAACUGUGCCGUCUUAUGUGUCUGUGUGUGUGCCAAACUUAUGGCAACAAGGUUAAGAAUACUGACCAAAGAUACAGCUCUACCUCAUGAAAGUUCCGAUAAACGUGUCCCUUUUGAUGCUCUAGGGAUAUAGUUUGUAGUGCCAAACUUAUUUGCCAUUCAAUAGACCGUUUCGUUGUCUCUUCGAUUUCUCUGCAUGACUGUCUUUUGUCAAGUGUCAUAUGUAGCGAUAAAGUUGCUUUGUGUCGCGUUUUGCAUAUUUACUACCCUGUUCAAUUCUCGUUUCCUAGAGAAUUAUUGCAAGCAGGUGGAAGGUGUGAUUGCUGAAGCUGCUGGAGUCAUUUGCACUCUGAAUAUCUCAGUGUUGCUGGCAUUCAAAGUUUCUUCACAAGAAUAUGGCAGGCAUCAUGCGAUGUUGAGAAACGAGGUACUUCUCCGCAUGUGAACCUAGAUUACUUGGAAUUGCAUUAACUGUCGUUUCGGCGAGGCACUGGCUCAGCCGAUUUCAUUUUAUGUACUGCUGUGAUGCCAGUUCCAGACAGGCCGUUUGUAGCUGAUGUGCUGCCUCAUAAAUGUUUAUCUACAAAAUAUUGAAAAAUUUGAUCUUACUGUGCGCUCGCAGGAAAUUCGUUACUUGCUCACAAAAGUUUGGUUCUCAAUCGUCGUGUACCUAGGUUGCCAUGUUGUCAAGGCCUGUCGGGGUGUUGCAUGUGAGCUGCAUAUAAAAUUACAAAUGCAUGCAGACAAGAAAUAGAAAGCCGAAUUCUUCAUUGGGCUAACUUGUUCACCUCCUGUUGUACCAUGGAAGCAUGCCUCUCUUGUUUGGCGCAUGCAUUUCUCAACCGUUACAGUGCGUAGCCUUGCAUUUCUCAUGGCACAUAGCUGAAAAAAUAAAGAACAGGACAUAAAUGCAACCACUGAAAUGUUAAUCGCUUGCAAAGAUUCUGCAGCUUUGGCAUUCACGGGGACAGGCUUUUUGGUAGCCAUGCCUGCCUACCUCAGGGAAGCUGUGCUUGAGUGUGAAGAGGGAGAAACAGUCCAUAAAGUGGACGGUUAGGUACCUAUCGGAUAAAAAAGUUCCUAUGAAGUACGGUGUGCUUUUCAUGCCUACUGAAGCUGUAGCGACCCUUGUGUUUGUGUCCGAAUAGGAAUGUUUACUCUCUUUACUUUUUUUUUUCUCCUUCUUCCUUCAUUCGUCGGCAUUGGUGUGGCCAUGCGAAUUUUCAAGUGCAUGUCAUAGUCAUGACCCUCGUAGUGCGUAUUGCUACAGUAUCUCGUAAUUGCACCGUAGACUUUUGCCCACUACUCUACCUUAGCAUGGCAAGAACAGUAUUUGUGGAGUGUGGUGGUCAUCUUCAAAAAGUGGACAUUUUCAAAAGCAGCUUUUAAAGUAUGAAAACAUUGGCUAAGCAAUGAUGUGUCUGCUUAUGGUUCACUCUCGUAUAUGGCCGCAUUAUGGAUUGAUCACCUUCUUCUAUGCUUUCACUUUUGCAUUCCACAACAUACAACACUAUGACUCAGUGUAGCUGAUGGCAUAUCUUAGUAAGAUGUCAUUUAAGCUUUGCACUGCAUCAGUGAAUUUUUCUUCAAAGUGGUAAGAUGGGAAAACUAAACUAAAAUGUAAAGCUUGCCUGUACUAAAAGUUUCUCAACAUUUCAUUUUACUGCAGCUGAUUGUACUAGUUGAGAACAGAAUCACUGGUCAUUCUUGUCUCUCUCCUUUUGCUUUUCCCUAUGUGUGGUAUGUUCUUUCACAGUCACCUGCAGACAUUGUGUAGUGAUUGGUGCAUGCACUGUUAACAGCAUGUCUAUAGUACAUCAGGCAAACGUUAAAUUAGAAGCAAUAUUAGAAUAAUGGCCCUUGCUCAAUAACAUUCUUAUGCACUAUCUGCUGGAGACUGCAUACUUUGAAAGGGUUUAUUUCUUUUAGACUUUGGCCACACAUUUCAAUGCAAUUAGGCUUGUGUCUGAGUUCUUUUAAACAGUACCAUAAAAUGCGUAGAAUAUGGACCCCACUGAAAAAAUACAUCUAAAUUUGCACAGCCUGUUUGCAAUGUUCUAACAGUGCAGAGUACGCACUCUGUAUAGAAAGCGGCGAGUUUGACCCAUUGAACAACAUUGGGGCAAAUUGCGUACAGGUAUCUGGAUAAGCUGCAGACAAGCAGUAACCUCAGUAUUCUAUGCUUUUCAUAGAUAUGUUCAUGAAAAUCGGUUGAAUAAGGUGCUCCCUUUAGGGGAACAAGCAAUGAAAGUGCUUGAAUCGUCCACAUUGUGUAGUAGUUAGAUGACCAACAAUCCUAAUUAUUGAUAGUUAACUGAGAAGUGACCAAAUCGGUGCAUCAUCUGUACUACGUGUAUAAUUUGUGCAUGCAAUGUAGGCUCAUCAGAAUGUGUACCCCGGUCAAUAAAUCGAUAAAAAGAAAC